AUGACAGAAACUCAGCAGGCAGUGGUUCUAAAAUCUAAGGGCCACAUAUCAAUCGAAAGUAGACCAGUUCCUAAGAUUGAAGACCCACAUUUUGUGAAAUUGCAAAUCAAAAAAACUGGUAUUUGUGGAUCCGACGUUCAUUACUAUGUUGCAGGAGCGAUUGGCGAUUUUGUGGUAACCAAGCCUAUGGUUCUAGGCCAUGAAUCCAGCGGUGUUGUUGCCGAAGUCGGAAGUGCAGUCACCAGCGUGAAAGUGGGCGAUCGAGUUGCAAUUGAACCUGGCAUUCCUAGCAGAUAUUCCGACGAAACCAAAGAAGGCCGUUACAAUCUGUGCCCAGAGAUGGCUUUCGCUGCUACUCCUCCCUAUGACGGCACCUUGGUCAAAUACUACCUGGCUCCAGAAGACUUUGUAGUUAAGCUACCAGAUCACGUGUCUCUGGAGGAAGGUGCACUGGUGGAGCCUUUGUCGGUCGGUGUACAUGCCAACAAGCUGGCCCAUGUGUCGUUCAAUCAAAAAGUCGCUGUUUUCGGGGCUGGUCCCGUUGGCUUGCUCACCGGAGCUGUGGCGCGUGCUUUUGGUGCCACUGAAGUGAUCUUCAUCGAUGUUUUCGAGCACAAGUUGAAGUUGUCGUCGAAAUUCGGUGGCACCAAAUUCGUGAACUCUUCUCAGUUCAAAAACGAAGAGCUGUUGGUUGCAGAGAUUGUGAAGGAAUUGGACGCACAGCAGCCGGAAGUCGUCUUUGACUGUUCGGGAGCUGAAAUAUGUAUCAGGACCGGUAUCAAGGUAUGCAAGACCGGAGGCACUUACGUCCAGGUGGGUUCCGGCAAGCCAGACGUGAACUUUCCUAUUAGUGCAAUCGGUCCUAAGGAACUCAAGGUUUUGGGCUGCUUUAGGUAUGCGUUUGGAGACUACAGAGACGCAGUGCAAUUGAUUUCUAAAGGAGACGUUGACGUCAAGCCGCUAGUGACGCACCGUUACAAGUUCAAAGACGCAGUUGAGGCAUAUGAGUUCAACGCCAAGUCUGGCUCCGAUGUUAUCAAGACAAUUAUCGAUGGGCCUGAAUAA